AUGGGAAAGACCAGAGGCGUGCAUGAAACGACACCGGAACUAAGGAACCGGAUGGUUGGCAUGUACGAGGCUGGCCUGGGUUUAAGAGAAAUUGCAGCAGCUGUCAAUUGCUCUCAACGUACCGUUAAGAGGUGGCUGAACCGCUUCGAUAAAGAAGGCACUGUGGAAACCCGAGAAAGAUGUGGUCGAAAAAGAGCUACAACGGUUGAACAGGAUGAAGCAAUUAUCCGGCUGGCUACGCAAACACCGAUAACUGCUGCGAAAGCUGUGCUUCCAGCUUUGGGACUUACUUGUUCCGUGGAUACAGUUCGAGAGAGAUUACAUAAAGCAGGAAUUCAUAACUGGAGCCCAUCGCGAAAGCGUAUGCAGAGGAUUCCCUUGGGCAGUGACGCAGAUGGAGCUUCGAUUCAGCAAGCUGUAUGGAGACCUACCGGUACUCAGCUGGGAAAAAAGAAAUCUACUAAAGAAAGUAGUAAAGCAAAGAAAAGUAGUACCACCUCAGGUUCUGAUAAUAAGAGAAGAGGCAUAUCCAGAAAGAUUAGAACAAGAGAUGUAUUCGUUGGUGACGGUGCUCCUGCCGAAUCUUUGAAACAGCCUGAGCUACAACCAGACAUGGUCUUUUCUCAACAGAACGUGCAACAGCCUCAAAAUACCAAUGAAAUGCAACCACCACCUCAGCCUUUACCUACAAAUCAGACUCAAUUCAGCAACGCCUUAAGUUUAGUUCAGGAACCUCAACCUAUUUAUCAACACCCAGGACUCAAUGUUACUCAAAAUUGGCCUUUAGAUCUGGUUCAAGGCAGUCACCAUUAUCCCCAGGGUCAUCCGAAUCAAAUACCUCAUGAACACACCUCGCAGCCACAACUUCAAGAACUUCAUGUGCAACAGGAACAGCAUCAAGUUCAGCAGCAGCUGCAUGAACAAGUACAACAACAAAAUACUCAGCCUGUCCAUCAAAAUCUUGAUCAACAACAAACACAGCAUCAAAUAGAACAUCCCGUCCAACAGCAUCCGCAUCAACAUCAGCAGCAACCCCAACAGCAUCAACAGCUAGACUCGACUAAGUCAUUACUAACUGAAAUGAACAGAAUUGUGCACUCCGAUAGUUCAAAUUCCAGUAAUUCUAAUGACAAUAGUCAGUCGUUAGAAACUGAUAACGAAUCAGGAAAGGAUAAGUCUAAAGAAAGUGACCGGAAAGCAGAAAAACAGAAAAGAAAAAAGAAGGGUGGCAAAGCAAAAGGGACUUUGGAGACCAGUGUUGAAAUUAGAAAUCGAAUGAUUGGAAUGUCAGAAGCUGGGUUGUCCACUUUAUCUAUUGCACUGGCGAUUAAUAGAUCGGAGCGUACAGUUAAAAGAUGGCUUGAACGUUGGCAUAAGGAAGGCAACGUUCAGACAAAGGAACGUAAAGGACGCAGACGAAUAACAACAAAGGAGCAAGAUGAAGCAAUUAUUGCGAUGGCUACGCAGCAUCCAUUAACAGCAGCUAAAUAUGUUGCUCCUGCUCUAGGAUUAACAUGCAGCGUAGAUACAAUUAGAGAAAGACUUCACAAGGCUGGAAUUCAUAGUUGGAAACUCGGAAAGAAACAAGGUGAAGGGAAUGCUGUACAUACAGUUCAUCUUUGGCAACCUAGCGGCAAUAGGUCCAGCAAACCAAAACUACCUGGUGAAAAGAAAAAGAAAUCUGGUAGCAAUAAAAAGCGUGAUCAAUCUUCUAGCGAUGGUUCUAAAAGAGCUCCUAGGAAAAAGAAAAUUGAGACGCCUGCUCCUUUAAAAAUGGUCCCGCCUCCUGCCAACAUGAUUCCUGAACAAACAAAUAUGCAGUUUCAUAAUCCGACUGCAUUGGCAAACUAUGUUCCAGGGCCAAAUAUGUUGCAAUCGGUACAUAAUAUUCCUGGCCCUCCACCACCGAUAGCCCAAGCUCAACCACCACCACCUCCGGAGCCUCAAGUUCCACCAGGACCUCCUCCGAUGCAACCCAUGGGACCGAUGAUGCAGCAGCGACCUGAUUGUAGAUUAGCUCCUCCUAUCGUGCCAUCUGCAUCGACUCAAGGGAAUUCUGCCGUAGUGUAUGCAUCCUGUAUGGUUGGAAGUAACACUCAUAUGGAACAAACGGAUCCUCUGAAUUAUGAACCAUACAUCUGGAGUUUCUAAAAAGGGGUGAAAUGUUCUGGGUAAAACUAUUAUUCAAAUCGAGAAUUCCCUCUUAACUUUGAGAAAUUUUACUGCUGCGGUAAGAAUGCCAAGAAGCAAUCAAAAUGCAAACCUUUUAAGCUUACGAUCAUCCUUCGUUUUAGAAUGGUGCAAACUGGAAUUUUAUACUAUUAUAUAUAAAUACAUAUAUAUAUAUCAAUCCCAGUUUUUAACUGCCAGUGAAUUUUUUACUGACGGAUUAGUAUCUGAUCAAUUACAUCGGUAAUAUUUGCAUAAAUUUAGCUAGGCAAUUUUAACAAGCUAUAAGUAUAGAAUAAGAAUUGUGUAUAUACAGUGAUAUAGUAGGUAUAACUUUUGUGAAUUCUUUUUCAUAUCAUGUUGUUAGAAUCUGGAAUAAUUAUCGAUUACAUUGAAUUCGUAAAGAAAAAAUGUUGAGUAUCGUGAAGGCUGAUUAUCUCUACUGAGAGAACUGAGAAUUCUGAAUGUUAUUUAAUUUUAAUUUAUACUGUCCCAUCCAUGAAUUUUGUUAAACAAAAGUAUUUUAUGGUCAGCCAAUUUGGAAACAAUAUUUCAACUUCAGAAAGUGAUUAUGAUCAAUUUGAAUUUGCUUCUUAGAAAUGCAUUUAUGUUAUCUAUCGGUUAUUAGUAAUUUAACAAAUUUACGUUUUAAGAGAACUAUUUUUAAACUGAAAAAUUCUUUGCAGAACAAUUUCGUGGUUAAACCACGAUACGGAAAAUAUUUUUAUCAAAGAAUUGAUUACUCCUAAGAGAUAGAGUACAAAUUGGCACAUACAUGCUUGACUACUUACUAAUAUAAGAAACUACCAUACCUGUAAAAAAAAAAAUAAUACCACGACUGUGCAAAGUCAUUUUCAGUUUCUCGUCAUGAGUAUCACCAUCAAUAAUAUACAAAUAUUACUUUGUAUACAAAUCCACCAUUUGAAUUGUGAACUUAAUAGCAUUUAUGGUAAAUGAAUCGUUUCAAUGAAAUCAAGUAUUAGCGGAUGACAGUAGGUGUAAAUAUUAUGCAUAUCACUGACAAUGAUCUCUCUUACAAGGAUGAAUGUUUUCCUUAGGAAGUAAAAUUAACAGUACUAGAUGCGUAUAUGUAUUGGCAAAUUCAGUAUAUUAUUGUACCAUUUUUUAUCGCAUAUAAUGCAUUAGUCGUGUAACAUUCUGUAAGUUAGAAGUAACUGGUGACUAGCAUAGAGGAUAAAGCAUUUACGUUUAAAAUCAAAGGACUGUGUGAUCCAUAAUUUAGUUCCGUAUGCUGAGCAAUAGUUAAGUAAGAAAGUAGUACAUGUUCUAAACAUGUGAUAUUAUUUUCCAGAGUACUAUAUUUUCUUAGUAAGUGUGUAACAAUAAGUCACUCAUUUCCACAUUGUCCAAUAAUGGGGGAUAAUGCCCUUAUCAGUCAGUUCGCAGGAGUCGAGAAGUAUUAAACAUGUACUGUAUAGGUUCACGUAGAGCGGUAUCAUUUCUUGCUUCUGUACAGGUAAAAGAUUGUUGGAAUUGCAUAACACCCAAAAUCAAUAAAUGAAUCAACACUUGUUUAAUUUAUAAA